CUGUUCGAUUACACUUGUUUAAGGCAACUAUCUCUGUUGAACAGUGGAUAAGGUUAUUUGGAGAAAUACGGAUAAACGUGGUAGCAUUCGAAAUCCGAAGUUUGUAAGAUUUAUUAAAUUUUCGUCACAGAUGACUUAUAAACGCAAAAAAUAUCACAGAGGAGAUACUCAUUUGAAAAAGGGCUGGCGAACGAAAAGAAGAACGAAAGAUUUGGACGAGAUCGAUGAGGAUUUGAAGGACGAAAAUGUGAAAAAUUUAGUAAAUCAGGAAGUAGAUUUGGACAAACCUGGAGCGGGCCAAUAUUAUUGUGUACAUUGCGCGAGGCAUUUUAUAAAUAAUACAGCUUUGUCAGACCAUUUCACAACAAAAGUUCACAAAAGGAGAUUAAAAGCACUAGAACUAGAGCCCUACACUAUAGAAGAUUCUGAACGAGCUGCUGGAAAGGGAAAUUACAUUGCUCCUCAGAAACGAAAAAUUGAUACCAUAACUCGUGACAGUUUUAAAAUGGACAUAGAAACAGAUACUGUGCCAGAAAGCAAAAUAGCAAAAUUUAAUGCAUAGAGAUCAUUUCUUUAUGAAAAGCAAUCAUUGUUAUUUAAACAGACCCUUCUUUAUAUUCUAUAAAGAUAACUUUGCAUUUGCUUAAUAUGCUAACAAUGACAAACAACAUUAUUUGUAUUGUACGAACGCGCAUAGUUCACAAUCUCUUGAAACAUCCAGUUUUAAAGCACGUUAAUGCGUCUUUAAAUUUGAACAGGCACUACUCUUCAGCAUUGUUCAUUUCAGGGAAAAAGGCCAUGGAAGUCUUCUCAUAUAUAAGUCCAUAUUUAGAUUUCGACGACAAGUUAUCGGAUUUCGAUAAAUUUCAAAAAGACCUAACAUCUCGAGGCUUCAAAGUAAACGCCAAAGAUAUCAAGGAUGUAUGGGAAUUAUUCAAAUCGGUCAAUGCGGAUAGAAACGUUUUACAGAUUAAAAUGGACGAAGUAGGUCAACAACUGAAGAACUUCACGAGAGCGGACUUAACUCCUGAGGAAACGAUAAAAGCAGCCGAAUUAAGACAACAGUUUCUCGCAUUGAAGCAAGACUUGAAGGCUGUCAGAGAUAUUGUAUGGAACUUAGAUGAGACAGUCAUCGAAAAGAUGCUGAAGUUACCAAAUAGCAUAGAUGAGAGGACACCCUUACAGUCUCCGACUAUAAUGAAAACCUUUGGUGAGUUAAGCAAGUUGUCAGAAGUGAAACAUCAAAAGAACCAUAUUGAUAUUGGAAGGAACCUUGGUUUACUGGAAUAUAAAAAUCCCAUGCAUUAUUAUCUGUGCAACGAUGCAGCUCUGUUCGAGCUUGGUGCUCUGAGCUAUGCAGGGAAGAUUUUCACUGAGAACAACAUGAUCAGGGUGACUGGUUCAGACUUUAGUCGUAGUUUGGUGGUGGAAGGAUCUGGCAUGAACCACGAGGAUCCAAUGGAUGCCUUCAUAAUAGACAAUCAUUGUGAAGUAGACAAGAAAUCUCCGAACCAGAUGCACCUCGUUGGAAAUGCAAGCUUGGCAUCUUUCUUAGCUAUGCAUGCAAAGCAAGUGAUAAACCCCACCUAUUUUCCGUUAAAGUAUUUCACUACUGGCAGACAAUAUACCCCUUUCCCAGGAACUUUUGCUCCAAUUGGCUUGUUCACUGUGUGCCAAGCGUCUGUGGCUCAUGCAUUUGUCAUGGUCAAGGAUACGAACGGUUCAGAGUAUCAUGAAGAGUUCGAACAACUGCUGAACACAGUCUCCAAAUUGUAUGAUAAUAUCUGUGACCAUUAUCAAGUAGUCGUGAGAUCUGCACCGGAAUUGAGGCCUUGGGAAUUGAUGCGCGUUUCUUUUGAAUUAUGGUCGAUGUAUUCAAAACAGUAUAUCGAAAUUGGUCACAUUUCUAUGUGUGGAAAAUAUUUCAGUAAGAGACUGUUAAUCGCCCAGCAGACACCAAGCGGAAGAGAUUUUCCCUCUGUGAUUUCCGGUACUGUGAUGUCGGUACCGCGGUUGCUAGGAUGUUUAUUGGAGCAAAACCCAGAAAAAUUUGUUAUUCCAAAGAAAAUUGCAGAAUGCAUGCCUAUAGAUCAUACUCUAGUUUGAAAUUAGGCAGACUUUAAAAAUUGAGAAAUUACGUUUUCGUAUGUAAUUUGCGUACAUUCAGAUGUACAUAUUUUAA